AUGGACAAGAACUCCAAGGUUUGCGUAACUGGAGCUUCAGGCUAUAUUGGUUCUUUUCUCGUUAAGGAAUUGUUACACAGAGGCUAUACAGUUCACGCAACACUCAGGAAUCUAGGUGAACCCUCAAAAGUGGGGCUUCUCAAGGGUCUUCCUCAUGCUGAAACAAGGCUAAAAUUGUUCGAGGCAGAUAUAUAUGAUCAUGAUGCGUUUGCAUUGGCAAUUCAAGACUGUCAAGUUGUUAUCCAUUUGGCAACUCCAUUUCAACAUAACACGCACAACACUGAGUACAAAAAUACUUCCGAGGCCGCAGUAGCAGGGGUGAAGAGCAUUGUUCAGUCCUGCUUAAGAUCAGAAUCAGUGAAGAGACUCGUGUACACUGGCUCUGUGGUAGCCGCGUCACCACUAAACAACGAUGGCUCUGGCUUUAAGGAUUCAAUAGACGAAACUUGUUGGACUCCUCUCAAUCUCUCAUUUUCUUACUGCGAUGACUUUUUCCAUGAUUAUGUACAUUCCAAGACAUUGGCGGAAAGAGAAGUGUUGAGUUUCAAUGGUAAGGGUAUAGAGGUAGUAAGUCUUGCUUGUGGUCUUGUGGGAGGGGAUACUCUUCAAUCGUUUAUAGCUGGAAGCAUGGGUGUCCUUAUAUCACAACUCACAAAUGACAGUGCUAAGUAUCGAAUUCUGAGGUUUAUGGAGGAAUUGCUCGGAAAAUUACCAAUAUUGCAUAUCCAAGACGCGGUCGAAGCCCAUAUCUUCUGCAUGGAGAAUCCACACAUCAAUGGAAGAAUCCUAUGCGCAAGCAAUUUCUUAAAAACAGCCGAUAUUGCGUCUCAUGUCCAGAAAUGUUACCCGGAAAUCAGAAUCUCUCAAGAGUUCAUUGAAGAUACAAAGAGAGAAACUGGAUGGGGCUCAAAGAAGCUGGAGGAAAUGGGAUUCCAGUACAGAUAUGAUCUUGAGAAAAUAGUAGAGGACAGUCUUCACUGUGCCAGGAGGAUGGGAAUCACACCCGAAAAUUAA